AUGAAAAUGAGCCGCUAUAGUUUACUCGCCUUCGGGGCGACUGUGUCAGCAGCUCUGAUCGACCUGCCCGUCCAUAUUCAAAACACCUAUUGCUCAGUAGAUUUCGCGGUUGGCACGCCUGCGAAACCACACCGCCUUAUGUUUGAUACCGGAUCAACCACGUCAUGGAUAAUGAGCAGCGAUUGCACAGCGAGCUCAUGCAAAAACACCAGCGGUUAUGCUCGGAGGUUUUACGAUGCAUCGGCUUCAUCUACAUCCGUCGAACUAGACUCGGCUUCAACAAUUGGGUAUAUUGACGGCGACAAGCUCACAGGAUUAGCAAUGCAAGACGUUUUCACCGGCGAGCUGGGGGGGAUUCAAUGGAAUCAGACUUUCCUUUCCGUCAACGAGAGCAGCUGGCAGUUCAUCACCGCGGAUGGCUUUCUCGGCCUUGGGUUCUCAUCCAUUGCUGAGAACCACACUGCAUCUUUGGUAGAGACACUUCUAUGGGCUGACCAGCUCGAUGCUCCUCGGUUUAGUUUAUACUAUGGCAGCGACCUUCGCGACAAUGGCACUCAAAACGGGGUCCUUACCAUCGGCGGCAGCCAUGAGGACACGUAUGUCGAUGGUAGCGUAGCGUACGUACCGUUGCGCAAGGAGGAUCCGUACCAGCUGUGGCGCGCCGCAUUGCGAUCAGUCAACGUGCUGGUAGCCAAGGGGCCCAACUCGACGGUCAUUGUGAACAAUGGCCGCCUGCCGACAACCAGCGAUCCAGCAGGCACUUACCCCGAAUCCAACACAACAUGGCCCAUGUAUGGUUCUGGCACUGCAGUCUUUGACACGGGAGCUGGCCGCAUCUCUGUGCCGCCUAAUAUCAUCGAACCGCUUUACUAUAACCUUGGCUGGAACCUCACAAAGCUCAUCAAUGGACAGGAGCGCAUGGAGUGCGAGCACCUGAACUCGACCUGGGCACUAUCCUUCACGCUUGGCGAGGGAGACGUAAAGGAUGAUGUGACCUUUACCAUCCGAGGUGACGAGUUCGUCGUACCAGGCCGACAGUGCAUGCCGCCAGUCGACGACUCCCCUGCCUCUGGCUUCGCACUCAUUGGUGCGGCUUUCCUGCGACGCCAUUACUCGGUGUUCGAUUUCGGGGCAACCAAGGUGGAGGAUUACAAGCCGACACUCGGAUUUGGAAGACUAAAGGAGGAGUAUGACUACUUGACGAAAUAG